AUGGAAUUAGAAGAACCAACCUCUAAUAAUUCAAAUAUAUCAAACGAUAAUUCGGAUAGCGAUGAAUAUGAAGAAGAGGUUUCUUACAUAAUAAUUGACCUUGGUACAGAAGUAACUUUAGAUAUGAUAACGAAUAAUUUCGAAAUCUUAAACAAUAUAAAUCCUUCUUCAUUCAAUUUUAAUCAAAAUCGUAAUCAUCAAAAUCAAGAUCAUUUAUCCUCAUCGACUUCAAUUCUACAACAAUCUUCCAGUUCUGACCUUCAUGAUAAUAUUAACAAUAAAACCAAUGAUGCUACUGCUUCAACUUCAGCAACAAGAACAACAAAUCAUUCUCAAAAAUCUUUUCAUUAUUACAUAAAACCUUUAGCAAAUAACGAAAAAGAAAGUGUUGGCGACGAACCCUCCAAUUUUAAUAAUAAAAAAGAAAAUAAUGACAUUGAUUAUUCACUAAUUGGCUUAGAUACGGAUACACCUUAUUUACGUAUAGGUAAUAUACAUUUUAAAGGUGAAUAUGAUGAAACUAUUGGAACUGAUUUAAUAUUUUUUCCGGAACCAGAUCCAAUUAAUCCGAGACAACAAAAACUUACAUAUCAAUGUCAAACAACAAAAAAAAUAAAAUUUUCUCAAGUAAAUUUACAAGAGAUUAAUUUAGACAAGACGAGUGAAUUAAAUCAAUUUAAUAUUGACGAUGAUAAUGAAUGGGAAAAUAAAUAUUCAAUAAGCAAAAAAAAAUUUUCUUUAGAUGAUCAAGAACUAUUUAAUAUUAAAAGUAAUCUCCAUGAUAAUAGUGAUGAUGAUGAAAAUGAUGGUAAUGAAAGUAAUAAUCAAAAUGAUACCGUUAUUGUGAAUAAGGGGAAGAGAAAAGAAAUAAUAAAUCAAGAACAAAAUAUUGAGAUUUCGAAUGUUGAAACAAGAAAAGAAGAGGAUACAAUGGAAAUAGAUUAA